GGGGGCAGAGGGCGGUCUGAAGAGAGGCAGGAGCAGGGUGAUAACAGCUGGCUCUGGAGGGCGGGCAGGAGCUGAGGAGGAGGAGCAGGAGAGGCCCAGAGGCUUUAUUUGGAGCCAGUCCUGGCAGUUGCUCAGGUGACCAGCGUGUGUCUUCGAGAGGGCGCUGCUUUCCCUGGCUGCGUGGUGCGAUGAUCCAGAAUGUUGGAAAUCACCUACGACGGCCACUGCUCAACUCAGCAUCCUCUGGUUUCCCCAUCCCAUGUCCAGCCCCCUUCAGUCCGCUCUCCACACUGGAGGGAUGCUUCUAAAAGGGCUUGGCCUCCGUGUUCUCCAGCCGCACAUCUCGGAAGUCAGCCUCACGUGCAGAGGGCGACGGUGCCAUGACAGACGGCGAGGGAUACCGGAACCCCACGGAGGUGCAGAUGAGCCAGCUGGUGCUGCCCUGCCACACCAACCAGCGCGGCGAGCUGGGCGUCGGGCAGCUGCUCAAGUGGAUUGACACGGCGGCCUGCCUGUCCGCGGAGAGGCACGCUGGCUGCCCCUGUGUCACAGCUUCCAUGGAUGACAUCUAUUUUGAGCACACCAUUAGUGUUGGACAAGUGGUGAAUAUCAAGGCCAAGGUGAACCGGGCCUUCAACUCCAGCAUGGAGGUGGGCAUCCAGGUGGCCUCGGAGGACCUGUGCUCUGAGAAGCAGUGGAAUGUGUGCAAGGCCUUGGCCACCUUUGUGGCCCACCGAGAGAUCACCAAAGUGAAGCUGAAGCAGAUCACGCCGCGGACAGAGGAGGAGAAGAUGGAGCACAGCGUGGCGGCGGAGCGCCGGCGCAUGCGCCUUGUGUAUGCGGACACCAUCAAGGACCUCCUGGCCAACUGCGCCAUUCAGGACAAUCUGGAGAGCAGAGACUGCAGCCGCAUGGUGCCGGCCGAGAAGACCCGCGUGGAGAGCGUGGAACUGGUCCUGCCUCCCCACGCCAAUCACCAGGGCAACACCUUUGGGGGCCAGAUCAUGGCCUGGAUGGAGAAUGUGGCCACCAUUGCAGCCAGCCGGCUCUGCCGUGCCCACCCUACGCUGAAGGCCAUUGAGAUGUUCCACUUCCGAGGCCCGUCCCAGGUCGGCGACCGUCUGGUGCUCAAAGCCAUUGUGAACAAUGCCUUCAAACAUAGCAUGGAGGUGGGUGUAUGUGUGGAGGCCUAUCGCCAGGAGGCUGAGACCCACCGACGCCACAUCAACAGUGCCUUUAUGACUUUCGUGGUCCUGGACGCAGAUGACCAGCCUCAGCUGCUGCCCUGGAUUCGGCCCCAGCCUGGGGAUGGUGAGCGGCGGUACCGAGAGGCCAGUGCCAGAAAGAAGAUCCGCCUGGACAGGAAGUACAUCGUGUCCUGUAAGCAGACAGAGGUGCCCCUCUCUGUCCCCUGGGACCCUAGCAACCAGGUGUAUCUGAGCUACAAUAACGUCUCCUCCCUGAAGAUGCUCGUGGCCAAGGACAACUGGGUGCUGUCCUCGGAGAUCAGUCAGGUCCGCCUGUACACUCUGGAGGAUGACAAGUUCCUCUCCUUCCACAUGGAGAUGGUGGUGCACGUGGACGCAGCCCAGGCCUUCCUGCUGCUCUCGGACCUGCGUCGGAGGCCAGAGUGGGACAAGCACUACCGGAGCGUGGAGCUGGUGCAGCAGGUGGACGAGGACGAUGCCAUCUACCACGUCACUAGCCCUGCCCUUGGAGGUCACACCAAGCCCCAGGACUUCGUGAUCCUGGCCUCGAGGCGGAAGCCUUGUGACAAUGGGGACCCCUAUGUCAUUGCGCUGAGGUCGGUCACGCUGCCCACACACCGAGAGACACCAGAGUACAGGCGUGGAGAGACCCUCUGCUCAGGCUUCUGCCUCUGGCGGGAGGAGGACCAGCUGACCAAGGUGUCCUACUACAACCAGGCCACCCCAGGCGUUCUCAACUACGUGACCACCAACGUGGCCGGCCUCUCCUCUGAGUUCUACACCACCUUCAAGGCUUGCGAGCAGUUUCUCCUGGACAACCGGAAUGAUCUGGCCCCCAGUCUCCAGACCCUCUAGAUGACCUCAGUGGCCACAUCCUGGCCACCCCCACUCCAUCCGGCCCCCAAGGACUCACAUACAGUGCCUGGAGAAAGGCAAAGGCCUUUAUUUCUUCCUGCCUCUCCAUGGGCAGCCUCUGCCCUGAGGUCCGCUGGCCAACCACCCCAGGCGCUCAGUUUCUGCCAACAUCAGCCAGCAAGUCCUUUCGGUACCCCUGAGGCAGCCUGUAGUAGACUCGGGUCCUGUCCACAGCCCUGGCUGCCAGCAGCGCUGCCCUCACAGAGGCAUAGUCGCCCCUAGCUGCGCUGUGCUCCACUGUGACGGUGGCCCGGGGGGAGGAGGCCAGCAGCCUGGCUACGGCUCCAGCUGUGCUGUGGCCCAUUAGCAUGGCUGGCAUCUGGAAGGACACAGGUUGCCAGAGCUCCUGGCACAGCUCUAGCAUAUCUGUGAGCAGCUGCUCCCUGUAGCCGCUGUCCAGCACCUCAGGCCAGCCUGGUGCCACAGUCACGUGGGGGAAGACCUCAGCCACAGCUGUAAGCAGCUCUCUGCCAGCCACAUGGCCAGGGACCAAAAAACUCCCAUGGGAGAUUUUGGCCCCCACCCACACAGGCGAAUGCAAGAGGCCAAGGCUGGAGAGGUGUGCCAGCAAGGCCAGGGAUGGCCGGAGGGCUUCGGGCUCCUCUAUUUGCAAAUGGACGCCCCAGUGUUGGGGAUGCGUGGCUAGCUGCCGCAGGCAGGACUCCAGCGUCAGGAUGCUGCCACUUGGAGUACGAACAAUGGGCACGGGGUUCUCAGCCACAGUUCCCUCGAGACCAGUGUUCAGCAGGACCAUGCCUUCUGUGUCUGGAAGAGGCAGCAGAGGCAACAGUGUUUAGGAUUUGGGUUACGAUAGGGUGUUAAGAGUCCCUUGCUAAAGGGGCAGUGGGAAUUCUGGGGACAUCCAAGGGCCUUGCCUCUCUGGAAUCUGUCAACCCAGUUUUGGGCUCCAGGUGGAUGUGUUGCUUUAUAAAUGUGCCUGGUGCAUGAGAAACUCUUGCUUCAGCUCUUGGCCUUUACCUGUGACUCAGCCUGGAGGCCGGUGCCAGCCUUGCCCACAGCACCGUGGCUGGGACUGGUCUGAAGGCCAGGAGCCCUGUGCUCUUACACCACUGUACUCCCUUCUCCUACACCCCUGCCCCACCUUGCCUCCAGUGCAUGGUGUAAAUAAACCUGUGUUGCCAUGGCAA